AAUUUGUUCCCGCGUAGUCAGUGGCAACAUUACCUCUCAGGGUAUAUCUUGACUAUACCGAUACUGGGUCGACAUUAGCGGGAUUGUCCAUGUAUCAUUUUUAUAGGUGACACAGGUAUAAUUUUUAACCAUGGAUCUCAUUAUGGACAAGAUUCACCAUUUUCAAACCUUCUACAACAAGGCCCAUUCCAUGUCAGAUGAACGGGUGGCCAACUGGUUUCUGAUGCAGAGUUACCUGCCCACUUUAGCCAUCACAGGCCUCUAUCUCUUUAUUGUAUGGAUCGGUCCCAAAAUCAUGGAGAGUCGGGAAGCAUUGAAAUUCAAAUACACACUCUUCUUUUACAACUUGUGUCUAAUCAUCAUGAAUUUGCAUAUAUUCACAGAGAUCAUUAUUGCGUCCACAAAUCUGGGAUACAGUUAUUAUUGCCAGCCUGUUAAUUACACGUACGAUGUGAAUGAAAUGAGGAUAGCAAAGGCUUUGUGGUGGUUUUACUUCUCCAAAUGUGUGGAAAUGCUUGAUACAGUUUUCUUCAUUUUACGGAAAAAAAACAAUCAGGUGUCAUUUCUGCAUGUGUAUCAUCACGCGACCAUGUUUCCUAUCUGGUGGAUCGGUGUCAAGUGGGUCGCAGGAGGACAGUCUUUCUUCGGUGCCAUGCUGAACUCUUUCAUCCAUGUUGUGAUGUAUACGUACUAUGGAGUCUCGGCUCUGGGACCACAGUUUCAGAAGUACCUCUGGUGGAAGCGCUACCUGACCAAACUCCAGCUGAUUCAGUUCGUGACGGGCAUUGCACAUACGGCACGCUCUUUGUUCUGGGGAUGUAACUUCCCUGCCUGGAUGCACUGGGCGCUAAUUUUCUACGCAUUCACCAUCCUACUGCUGUUUUUGAAUUUCUAUGUACAAACGUACAUCAAAUCCUCCCGGAAAAAGGCGAUAGAGAAGGGCAAAACACAGAAUGGCAGCGUGUCCAAUGGGAAGGCAGCUCACAACGGAGUCGCUCAUGGCAGUGGAGACAUUCAGGAGCACAAGAAGGAGAAAUAGCAAGUGUAAUGUGUACCAGGCACUCUGCUUGUCAUCUGACUUGUGUACAUGCGGUUUUUAAUUCAACAUGCAAGUGUCAGUUAUGAUGUAAUUGAUUUGUGCAUAUGAGCAUGGAGUUAUGACUUCACAUAAAAUCUGUGAUAUUCUAACCUCUGAUUUGUUGAACACAAGUCAGGGGCAGUAUGGAAGUAUAACAUCACCAAUUUUACUGUUGCAUGUCAUUAUAUAUCUAAUCCAUACAUGCUGUAAUGUGCAAAUGUAGAUAAAGUACAUCUGUGGUUUGUAAAUUAGAAAAGCAUUUCUUACUGAAUUUUAAAAAAGAGGUAAAACUGCAUGUAUGUGUACAUUUUUCACGGUACAAUAAGUUGCUUUCAAACUCAUAUUGCAGAUUGUCAGAAUAAUUUCUAGAUUUUGUCAUUGCUUUUUAAAAUAUAAAAUACAAAACAGUGGUUAAAUUUCCAGCAGUCUUACUAUUGUCCAUCUUGAACUGGUACUCUGUUAUUAGUAUGCAUUUUUACAUACAUUACCACCAGUCAUCCGUUUUUCACUGUUUUCAUUUGUUCAUGUGUAUUUAUAUUCUUCAUUGGAAAACAUGUUCAUUUUACAGGGUGUUGUAGUCUGUACUAGAAUAUCAAUAUUACUGUGUUUUCCAGAGCGAAGAUGUGAAUUUUUUAAACAUAAUGAAAAAAUAAUUGAAAUAGAGUUUGAUUUAUUUAUUGUGAUUGUUGUUAGCCAUACUGAAGAAUUUCGUUUGAGAUGUAAAGCGUAUAUCAUCGUACAUUACCACUGCCAAACAAUUACCUGCAAUCAGUGAUACUGAAACUCAAACUUUGGUCUCCCUUUGCUAUGCCAUUUGUGUGGUGUUGACAAUCAGCUGCUGAAUAAUGGUCUGUGUUUCUGAAAUCAAGUGCUGUCCAGCUACAUUACAACAUCAGAUACCACACUUAUGUGCAGAUGUCAAAGUUAGUAUUGCUAAAAAAAAUGUGUGCAGCAUAAAAAUGACAAAUCCCUUAAUCUGUGUACAUACUCAUAUUGUCACUUCACAUGUGGUACAUGAACAGAUUGGACAUCACGAUUGUGUAGUUAUCUUGAACAUGUGGUACACGAACAGAUUGGACAUCACGGUUGUGUAGUUAUCUUGAACACGUGGUACAUGAACAGAUUGGACAUCACGGUUGUGUAGUUAUCUUGAACAUGUGGUACAUGAACAGAUUGGACAUCACGGUUGUGUAGUUAUCUUGAACACGUGGUACAUGAACAGAUUGGCCAUCACAAUUGUGUAGUUAUCUUGAGCACGUGGUCCAUGAACAGAUUGGCCAUCACAAUUGUGUAGUUAUCUUGACCACGUGGUACAUGAACAGAAUGGCCAUCACUAUUGUGUAGUUACCUUGAACACGUGGUACAUGAACAGAAUAGAUAAAUCAAGUGUACAAAUCUCGUCAUGACCAGGUUGUGUUUCUGUGAUUUGGUGUAUUUGUAUGUCAGUUGACAUUGCAUAAUGAAAAUGUACUUUGACUGUCUCCUGCAGGUAUAUCAGAGCUGUUGCUCAACUUGCAUUUUCCUCUGUUUCUUAAUGCUCCUUGUUCACAUAUAUUUUUAUGGUACUACUCCUGUACACAUCUCUUCGUAUUUGGAGCUUAUGUUUUGGUUAGGUAUUGAGUUUAAUACUUACCACUAAUUGUGGAAUUAAGAAUAUAUUCCUUUUGUUUAUCAUGAAACAUUUUGCUUUGGUUGAUAGUAUAUUUAUCCGUUCUUGUACUUUUUUUGAGAACAUGAAGUACUUGUAUUUCCUGAAAAUUUUGUGAAAUACUUGGGUGUUCUGUGGGUUAUUCUUUGUGAAUAUUAAUGAAAGAAAGAGUAUUGAGUAUGAGCCACCAGUUGGGAGAUGAGUACUUGUAUUGUUGAGCACAGUAAGUGUAGGUGAUCAGCAUUAUAGUUGUAAAACAUUCACAAAUAUCAUCAAUUAUUGUCGUAUUUUUUCUAUUCACGUUGUGCAAAGUUGUACCUGUGUGCAGUUCUAUUAUUUAUCAGCUGUAAGUAAAGGUUAUGUGUUAAAGAAUAAACUUUACC